GCGGAGCUUGGGAGAGCGUCUGGCUGCUGUGGGCGUAAUAAAACCGAAGAGGCCCUCUUCAUAGGUGGAGUAAAGCUGGGAGAAGACGCCCCGCCGGCACACUCCUCCGGAAAACUGAAGCGUCUUCUUUGACCCCAGGGUCAGAAAGAUUUAUUACUUCCUCGGUGAGGGAGAAGCCUUACGCCAGCUGGAACGGGCGAGCUGGGAGCGGGAAGCCUGAAAGCGGCGCUCGGCGUCCUCGGAGCGCUCCGGGGGGCGGGGGCGUCCUCGGUUCCCGGAGGGGCCCGGCGGUGCCGACCCACAGGAAGAGUGGAGUGGGAAGCCGCUGGGGAGUUUCUGCCCAAACUUUAUCGCUAACUCUUUCCGAGAGCAAAAAUGUGCGGUUGAGUCCGGCAGCCGCACGCAGAAUCCAAGUUUCCCAGAGGUCGGGGCGCCCGAGCGCUUCGAACCCCGUGUCCACGCCAUGGCGCUUGGCGCACUGACUGCUACGGCCUCGGCCGCGCGGAUGGCGGCCCAAGCGGCGCCGCUGUAAAUCGGCACCCGCAUCUCCAACCCCCAAGGCGGCGGUGGCGGGAGUUGAGUGCCGCGAAGGGGGCGGGCACGGGACGCGCGGAGGAGGAGGGCAGCGCGGUGAAGGGGAGGAGCCGCAGCGACAGACGGCGGCGCGCACCAACCCGGCGUCUGCUGGCAGGAGCCGCGCAGAGGCUGGCCCGAGCGCGUUGCAGCGGCUCGGCGUAGGGAGAGUCGGGUAGCAGCAUCCUCCUGGGCGCUGCUUUCGCGGGGCGGCGGCAGCGGCAGCAGCGGCGAGGGCUUUCUCUGCCCAGUUACCUUAUUGGCCUGAAGAGUCUGGUGUCGGGUGCGGGGUGGGCAAAGGAGCGCUGCGGACCCCAGCUCCUUUGCCGAGAGCUGUGUGUGUCGGGGGUUUCCGGGCCAGUCGGAGGCUACGGAGCGGCCGGGGCUGGCGGCAAUGCCCGCCCGGGCAUCCUCUGGGUGAUGGAAGAAGCAGCUGCCGCCACCGCCGCUGCAGGGUCACGCUGCGCCCCAUCCACCGCCGCCAGAGAGAUGGGAAGAUUCGGGGCGCGGAGGCCGAGAGCGAGAGAGGCGGAGCCGCUUUGCCGGGAGCUGGGUCCCGUAUAAGCCCCCUUCCCCCCACCUCCCCCAGCCAGCUUCGUCCCCCAGAGCGAGGAAGGAAGCUACACUCCCGAGAGGGCGGCCGAGACGCCGCUGGAGCCUGGCUCACUGGGCUCAGCGGAGCGCAGAGCAGGGCUCCGGGCCCGGUGAAAGUUUCCUUUCCUCAGCCGCAGGGCGUCCGCUGCCCGGAAACUCUGCCCAGAGGUUGGGCUGCCGACUCCCGUAGCUCCCUCUGAGGCGCGGGGACCCCCAGCGGAAAACAGCGCUCGCGAAAUCAAGGAACGAGUGACAGCAGGACAGACCGCCGGGCCGUAAUCCCGGGCCGUUCCGGGGCGCGCCCGCGGCUCCAGGUCCCUCUCGGAGCCGCUGCCAUGGGAGAGCCAGCCCUGGGCGCCGGGGACCAGCCGCCGUUGCUGCCGCGCCCGCCUCGGAGCCGCGGCCCCAGUCCCCGCGCACGAAGCCGGGCCGCUACGUCCCGCUCCCGGGUUGCACGGCCGCCUCCGCCGCGCUGCCGGCCGGGGCAGUACCUGUGAUGAGCCGCAACCCGCCGCGAGCCCUGCCUGCCGGCGCGCCCCCUCGGUUGCUCCCGGCCGCGCCUGCUGCCGGGCCGCGCGCCUUGCUCCCGCCGUGGCCCCGGCGCCCGGGUCGCCGCUGGCCCGCCUCCCCGCUCGGAAUGAAGGUGUUUCGUAGGAAGGCGCUGGUGCUGUGCGCGGGCUACGCGUUGCUGCUGGUGCUCACCAUGCUCAACCUCCUGGACUACAAGUGGCACAAGGAGCCACUGCAGCAGUGCAGCCCCGACGGGCCUCCGGGUGCAGUGGCAGGCGCGGCUGCGGGCAGCUUGGGACGCCCAGGGCCACCUCCAGCCGUGCCGCCCCGCGCACACACCCGCUUGGAUCCCCGUACCCCGUACCGCCUUCCGGUCGCCGCCGUCGGAGCGGCUCCGGCAGCCGGGGCCGGCGCGGCAGGGGCAGCAGUCCCUCCUGGUAAUGGUACUCGGGGCACGGGGGGCAGCGGGGACAAGCGGCAGUUGGUGUACGUGUUCACUACGUGGCGCUCAGGCUCGUCUUUCUUCGGCGAGCUUUUCAACCAGAACCCCGAGGUGUUCUUCCUCUACGAGCCAGUGUGGCACGUGUGGCAAAAACUGUACCCAGGGGACGCCGUUUCUCUGCAAGGGGCGGCGCGGGACAUGCUGAGCGCUCUCUACCGCUGCGACCUCUCGGUCUUCCAGCUGUACAGCCCCGCUGGCAGCGGGGGUCGAAACCUCACCACACUGGGCAUUUUUGGAGCUGCCACCAACAAGGUGGUGUGCUCGUCGCCACUUUGCCCCGCCUAUCGCAAGGAGGUCGUGGGACUGGUGGACGAUCGCGUGUGCAAGAAGUGCCCGCCGCAGCGCCUGGCGCGCUUCGAGGAGGAAUGCCGCAAGUACCGCACGCUGGUCAUCAAGGGCGUGCGUGUCUUCGACGUGGCCGUGUUGGCGCCACUGCUGCGCGACCCGGCCCUAGACCUCAAGGUCAUCCACCUGGUGCGCGAUCCCCGUGCUGUGGCCAGCUCACGCAUCCGCUCGCGCCAUGGUCUCAUCCGUGAAAGCCUGCAGGUGGUGCGCAGCCGGGACCCGCGAGCCCACCGCAUGCCCUUUCUGGAGGCCGCUGGCCACAAGUUGGGUCCCAAGAAGGAAGGCAUGGGAGGGCCAGCAGACUACCAUGCCCUUGGCGCCAUGGAGGUCAUCUGCAACAGCAUGGCCAAGACGCUGCAGACGGCCCUGCAGCCCCCUGACUGGCUGCAAGGUCACUACCUGGUGGUGCGGUAUGAGGACCUGGUGGGAGACCCCGUCAAAACCCUACGGAGGGUGUAUGACUUCGUUGGGCUGCUGGUGAGCCCCGAAAUGGAGCAGUUUGCCCUCAACAUGACCAGUGGCUCGGGCUCCUCUUCCAAGCCUUUUGUGGUGUCCGCACGCAACGCCACGCAGGCCGCCAACGCCUGGCGGACUGCCCUCACCUUUCAGCAGAUCAAACAGGUGGAGGAGUUUUGCUACCAGCCCAUGGCCGUGCUGGGCUACGAGCGGGUCAAUAGCCCCGAGGAGGUCAAAGACCUCAGCAAGACCCUGCUCCGGAAACCCCGACUCUGAGAAGGGUUCCAGGGAGACCUGACUCCCUGUGGAGACACCCUCAGGAGGAUUGUGGUGUGUUUCAACAAAAACAGCCCAGAUCCAAACUGAGGAAGCCCACAUAUUCUGUUAUAGAUACGUAAUAUAAAUAACCACACAGGCACUUGCUGUCAAUGUUUUGAGUCAUUGAGUUUCAAGGAACAGCCACAGUACACACACAUCUCAGAAAAGGCAAGACUUGAAAGUUCAGACCAGCCUCCCCUCCUCUUCUCUGCACUACCUUUUCUCCUUUCCCUUUGCUCCCGUUUCUUACCCUCUCCUCUACCUUCCAUUUUAAAGUGGGAUGUUGAUUAAAUCAAGAUCCAGUAACCCCGAUCUUGUUUACAAAAUGUUCCUUUAUCUGUGAACAUGUAAAAGAGUCAUUUGGAUGUGGAGGUUGGGGUGGAGAAAGGGGAAGUGGUCCAGGAGCAAAAUGCCCCAUUGGGCAAACUAAACCAAGGAGGCAUUCUUCUAAAGUAGACUUGUGUAAAAAACAAAGGUUAUAUGUGAGUAUUAAUAAAGAAGGUAAUAAAUAAUAUUCCUUUUUUUUAUAUUUGCCUCCGUUACUUUGGAUUUACCUGUGUUACUUGUCCUGUGCAGCUUCAGACAGAAUCUGCUUCCCCUCCCGCCACCCCUUCUGCCCGUUUGUUUCCUAGAAAACAGCCACGAUGGGUGGGAACAGCUUCUGAUUCCUUGAUAAGAACCUUGGAGUUGUUUUCUCACAUGUAAAUCACAGCCUGUCAGGUGCCCAGGAAUGGGAACAAAUCUUCAAAUUCUAAAGGCAAAAACCAAGCAGGGCAGCGGAGGAAAAAGCACAGGGCUACUUUCCUCUUCCACUUGGAGCACAGAAAGGAAGAAGCAACCUCUUAGGAUUUGAAGGCACUUGGUUUUGAUUACUAUUGAGACGGGGAAACCUUGAAGCAGAGACUGAUGUUUUGGUCCUGUGUUUAGUUCAGAAAAAGGAUUUUUUUUUUUUAAAAGUAUGUGAUUUAAGAAACUUACGAUGAUGAGAACACAAACCUCAAAAAUUAGUGUGAACAUUGUGUUGGCAACAGUAGCAACUUCUUUGAUUAGAAAAGUGACAGAAAGUGUAUGUGUUUGGAGUGUGUUUCAGCUUCUGGCACAGUCCAUGGAGGCAUAUGAAAAGGGAAGUUUGAUCUGAGAACUGUAAGGGCACCUACAAGCUUUUCCCCUUUUCUUGGCUUCCCAACCAAAUUAGUGCAAAAGAGAAAUGUGAAUUUUUAUUUAUUUAUUUAUUUUUUAUUGAAGUAUAGUCAGUUACAGUGUGUCAAUUUCUGGUAUACAGCAUAAUAUCCCAGCCAUGCACAUGUAUACAUAUAUUUGUUUUCAUAUUCUUUUUCAGAGAAUGUGAAUUCAUACUGGUUUACCUGGAAUGUCCGGGGGGCCCAUUGCCUUUCCUUAUAAUGUUUCCUAAAAGUAAAAUUGCAAAGAAGUUACAACAUGUUGCUGACAGUAUAAGGCUUCAACCAAGAGCUCCUUUUAGAUAGGAAAAAUAAGUUACAGGAAAGAGGAAACAAAAAUGAAUUAUGAAUUAGUAUGUUGGAUUUUUGAGAUUUGUUAAUUUCCAGGGGAAAAACCAUUGCAAUUUUCCUGCAGUGGUACUGGUGUUGCUGCUGUCCUGAGCCCAUUUGUACUGAAGCAUUCUGCAGAAUGUUGUAUUGUGAUAAGCAGUUAUGAAGCCUAAAUAGGAACAAGAGAGUAUAGUUAUAUAUUACAUUAAAUACGGUACAAGUUCAAGCUCA